AUGAUAUCUGGAGGGAUAAGGGUAAACGUUCACUUUCUCCUUUCUUCCCACUCCAGCCCCAGGAUGCUGACCGUUGCUUUUCUUGCCCUUCUUUGUGCAUCAGCCUCUGCCAGUGAGAUUCAGGCCAGGUUCUCCUCUUUCAGUGGAGAGUAUGGAGGCCAUGGAGGAAAGCGAUUCUCCCAUUCUGGAAACCAGCUGGAUGGCCCCAUCACUGCCAUUCAUGGCUGAGUUAACAGAUACUACAUCGUAGGUCUCCAGGUGUGCUACGGCAAGGUGUGGAGCGAUUAUGUGGGUGGCAAACUGGGAGACCUGAAGGAGAUCUUUCUGUACCCUGGGGAAUCAGUGGUCCAGGUGUCAGGAAAGUACAAGAACCACCUGAGAAAGCUGGUCUUUGUGACUGACAAGUCCCACUUCUUGACUUUUGGGAAAGACAGAGGCACGAGUUUCAAAGCUGUCCCCUCGUACCCCAACACUGUGCUACGAUUCAUCAGUGGCCAAUCUGGCCGAUCCAUUAUCAAUGCCAUUGGCUUCCACUGGGAUGUCUACCCCAGUGAACAUGAGAGCUGCUGA